GAUAUGCAUUAAGCCAACGAAGCAAAUUCGAACACCACCGUUUCCCCUCUCUCUACUAAUUCUUCCUUUCUCUCUCUCUUCCAAACUCUUCCGACAGAAUGGUUUUUGUCAAGGGUCCCGGCCUUUACACUGAUAUUGGCAAGAAAGCCAGAGAUCUUCUUUACAAGGAUUAUCAGGGCGACCAGAAGUUUACUCUCACUACUUACACUGCUAAUGGCGUGGCCAUUACUUCAUCUGGGACAAAGAAAGGCGACCUGUUUUUGGCUGACGUUAACACCCAGCUGAAGAACAAGAACAUCACAACUGACGUGAAAGUGGAUACCCACUCCAAUGUAUACACAACAAUCACUGUUGAUGAGCCUGCUCCUGGAGUGAAGGCUAUUUUCAGCUUUAUUGCUCCUGACCAAAAGUCUGGCAAGGUGGAACUUCAAUAUUUGCAUGAGUAUGCUGGAAUUAGCACCAGCCUUGGACUGACUGCUAAACCCAUCGUCAACUUCUCUGGUGUUGCUGGGAGUAACAACGCUACUUUUGGGACUGAUGUCUCGUUCGACACGGCCUCUGGAAACUUUGUGAAAUACAAUGCUGGAAUCAGUUAUACCACGACUGACCUUGUCGCGUCCUUGAUGCUGAAUGACAAAGGUGAAACGAUCACAGCUUCCUACUUCCACACAGUAAGCCCAUUGACCAACACAGCUGUUGGGGCCGAGCUGACUCACAGCUUCACGACCAAUGAGAACACACUCACUAUUGGGACACAGCAUGCACUGGAUCCCCUGACCUCUCUGAAAGCUCGAGUGAACAACUAUGGCAAAGCGAGUGCUCUCAUGCAGCACGAGUGGCGCCCCAAAUCUCUCAUCACUAUUUCGGGUGAAGUUGACACAAGGGCUAUAGAGAAAAGCGCAAAGAUUGGACUGGCCGUAGCUCUUAAACCAUGAUCCUUGAAGCUCGGGACACAAGGCUGCCAAUGCACAUCUUUUUUGAGAAACUGAGCAAGCAAUAAGGUAGAGAUAUGAUCAUAUGAUUCGAUACCCCAUUUUGUCUACCAAGUUUUGAGCUCGUGACAUGGUUGAAUUUUCUUGUAUGGAUAUGGUUUUGGGUUGUAAAAAUAAUUCUUGCUGGAGUGGCAUUUGGACUCGGAAUUUUUAGCUCAA